AUUUAGGUUCACUUACUGCCUCCAAGCCUCAGCUUCUUCCUGUGAGAAAGAGGCUGAUCUCGUGAUGCAUCCUCAGGUAGCUAUUUCAAGUCUCAUACUGCUCCUAGCAGAUGCUGUAGCUUCUUACCCAAAAGUGAGUGGAUUCGUGGGUCAGCCAGUCACAAUACCAUGCACGUACUCGGGAGAGCUCACGUCCACGUGCUGGGGCCGAGGGGCAUGCCCUUCUUCUAAGUGCUCUGAUGUAAUCAUCUGGACUCACGGAUCCAGUGUCACCUAUCGGAAGGAGAGUCGUUAUAUGCUAAAUGGAUCCCUUUGGGAGAGAAAUGUGUCUUUGACUAUAGGGAAUGCAGUCGAGGCAGACAGUGGUCUGUAUUGUUGUCGGAUUGAGCACAGAGGCUGGUUUAAUGAUGAGAAACAUACAAUCUCUCUGGAGGUUAUAGCAGUUCCAAUAGUGACUUCACCUUCUCCAACGCAAACAGCAAUAACCCAGCCUAAGACAGCACAGCAAACUGAGGCACAAGCCACCAGCCUGCCAUGGUCCUCUUGUUCAACAGCAGAUGGGAAUGGUACCGUGACACAGUCUUCAGAUGGCUUUUGGCAUAACAAUCAAACUGAAGUGUCCCUGGUACAAGAGACACAGAGGACUGCUGCUAAGGAAGUCUACAUUGGAAUCGGGAUUUUUGCUGCAGUGCUGCUCUGUCUUUUGGUUGUCUUGAUUAUCCGAAAGCAGUUCUACAUGAGAAACAAGCUGCAACAACUAAGAGUGGUCACAUUUAACGCCCCUCAGAGCGGAGUGUUGCAGAACGCAGCAGGCCGAGCAGAGGACAAUGUCUACAUUAUCGAAGAGAAUCUUUACGUCAUGGAUUGAGACCGAUUGGCCCUCCAGGGCUUUAUCCCCUGAAGACUGCAGAAGACACCGAUCCAGGGUCAGACUUCGAAAUUCCAGAACCAUUUUUCUGUGUCAUUUCCUCCCAGCAUCCAACAUGUCAGUGACAUUGAGUUGCGUGACUCUCCAGCUUUAAUCUGUGUGCAAUCAUCCCCAGUGGUGCUAUCAUAACCCCCUCUGUUAACCCUGAACUGGCUCAAACAUUCUGACGAGAUCAGGAGCUCUUUCUUAAACACAAAAUUUUAGAACCGGAUAUUUAAAAACAAAACAAAACAAAAGAACACUGCAUAGAGCCAGACUGCUUCACAGGAUUUCCAAGCCUGGGCAUCUUUAUGGGCGCAGAAAUGCCAUGCCUCCACAUCCUUUUUUCCUGUCCUUCAGCUGGUUGCUUCAAACUGUUGAGUUAGUCACUAAUUUCAGCCUUCCAGCUCGAGUAAAUCCUGGGGACGGAGCUCAGAACCUGGAAGUUUAGGAGGGUAGGGUGCUUGCUCUCCGAGACAACAUGUUCUGUGUUAUUCUGCAGGGUUCAAGCAAAUGGAUGGCCCCUCUGUGAAUAAAGGCCAUAUGGGAAAUAGGCUGGGGAACACUGUAUACUACAUUUCCUGACAGUGUUAGCCUGAUCUUCCUCCACCCAGAUUUACUCUCCAGUAUCUUCUGUCUUUAGCCAGUAGGCAUACAGCUAGAGAUUUGAAAUGAAAACGCAGAUGUGUGGCUUCUCUGAGCAGACCCUCUACACAGCACACGGGGCUGUCCUGGACCUCCGCACUCACGUUUGCGCCACACCUGCUGUGUGGGGUUCCUGCUCUGGUCUCCACCCACCUCCUGGGGAUUUCAAGUGCAUGUUACAGGCUUGAGGAACCUUCGUUGAGUCUAAAAUUCCCCAAACUCGUUAGCGUAGAUGCCUCAUUCAGAGCACACCCCACUGGAGCACAGGGUCAACGGCUGGCAGAUGUGUUUCUGCAACAGCAGCAUACACCAGGAAACAUCAGGGCUCAUUGCUUGGGCUUUUUUUUAAGCCUAAAAUUUCCCAUCUCGUAAAAACGAUCAUUUCCACCAUUACCACUAUACUUUGUAUGAUGGUAAAUUUUAACGAGAUGGUUCUUGGUGAAAUUCUUUGAAAAGUACACACUACAAAAAUGAAAGGUUGUUUUUGUUUGUUUCUUGUCCCCCACCCAGCAGAACUUAAUAGCCAACCGACCAUUACUGCACAGUCAAUACUUUCAAUGGGGCUGCAUUCAAGUCUCUAGGCUAUAUUGAACCUCUUGGUUUUAAUAAUAUUUCUUAUUUUGAAAAACACAAUGCUUGGUUAUUUGGCUUCAUGCGAUUGCUGCUGGAUUGAGAUGUACAGAUUUGUCAAUAGUUGCAAAGCAGGAAUGGAUAAGAGGGGAGCCGAGGGAGCAUUUGGUUAAGGACACGAAACUCUUGUCUGUAAAUAUAUCAGUCUUGUAAAAUGUCUAGAAUAUUUUUGUUUUUGGUACUUCGAAACACAAUUGAGAUUCUAUUAUCUACAAUCUGUCUGGGGCCACUAGGGCACUGGUGUAAUUCAGACUGCAUAUUUAAAAUUAAGCAAUUUUGCACAGCUUAGAGAAACAACAGAACUGAUCUUUCACUGGUGGCGUGAGAGCUUGAGGAGUACUUAGUGCCUGCCUCGUUUCAUUUGUAUGUGCACUCAGCAAUAAAAGAAUUUUCAGUUUGAAAA